AUGUCUUCUGGGAAGGUUUUCAAAGCCUUAAGAAAACUUUCAUCUUCGGAAGCCGACCCAGAAAUCGCCCGAAAAAUAUCUAUGACCCUCAACAGCUCACGACUCGAAUCCCUCAAAAACGACCCAUCUCUUAUUUCCGAUCUCAAUUCUCGUGUAACUCACCUUGUCCUCUCUAAUUCACGUGUGCCACUUGGUUCUUGCAUGAGUUUCUUCAACUUUCUCCGAACAAGCCAGUCUUUUGCUUCCCAAAGACCCGAUCUCCAAGCCCAUGUCACUCUCAUUUACAGAUUAUUCCAAGCUCGGAAAUUUGUCACAAUGAAGAACUUGAUGAAUGGUAUCGUCAAUGAUGAAAAUCUCCGUUGCCCAUUAACGAGUAUGGUGGCUUUGAUUGAUGGUGGGCGUGAGAAGAAGCCCAAAUUUGUUAAGAAAUUUUGUGAUAUGAUGUUUGUAGUUUAUGUGAAUAAUGAAAUGUUUGAAGAGGCUAUAGGGGUUUUUGAAUAUGCUUAUGAGAAUGGGUUGGAGAUUGAGGAAAGGUCUUGCUUUGCUCUUUUGGUUGCUUUGAAGAAAUCUCAUAAGGUGGAGUUGUGUUUAGCCUUCUUUGAUCGGAUGGUUAAGAAAGGAGUUGAAAUUACAGUUCAUUCUUUGACUAUUGUGAUUAAUGGGUUGUGUAAGAAAGGUGAGUUUCAAAGGGCAAAGGUUUUAAUGGAUGAGUUGGGUAGUAGAGGGGUUAAGGCUAAUGUUUUCACUUACAAUGGUUUUAUAGAUGCAUAUAUUGAAAGAAAGGACUUUGAGGGUGUUAAGGAGAUAUUGAGCUUGAUGGAAAGGGAGAAUGUGAAUUAUAAUGCUGUGACUUAUACACUUUUGGUAGAGUGGUAUGGUAGCUGUGGGAAGAUUGAAAAAGCAGGGCAACUGUUUGAUGAAAUGCUUGAGAGAGGGAUAGAGCCAGAUAUUUAUGUUUACACUGCACUAAUCAAAUGGAGUUGUAGACUAGGGAAUUUGAAAAGGGCAUUCUCAUUGUUUGAUGCAUUAACUAUGAGAGGCCUUAAACCGAACACUCACACUUAUGGAGCUCUGAUUACUGGUGUGUGUAAGGCAGGGCAGAUGGAGGCAGCAGAGAUUUUGCUAAGUGAGAUGCAAAACAAAGGAAUUGAUGCAAACCAAGUGAUAUAUAACACGUUGGUAAAUGGUUUUUGCAGAAGAGGUCUGAUAAAUGAAGCUUUAAGAGUGAAAGAUGUCAUGGAACAGAAAGGUUUGAAGAUAGAUAUUUUUACGUACACAAGUAUUGCUAAUGGAUUACAUAAACUAAACCGAAAUGAGGAAGCAAAGAAUUUAUUGUUUGCCAUGGCAGAUCAAGGUGUGCCUCAUAGUGUUGUGAGUUUCACUACAUUGAUUGACAUAUACUGCAAGGAAGGGAACUUUGCCGAAGCAAGGCGCGUAUUUGAAGAGAUGGAAAAGAAGGGAGAUAAACCAAAUACUGUUACUUACAAUGCUCUCAUUGAUGGGUAUAGUAAAAAGGGAAAGAUGGAAGAAGCUUAUAAGGUAAAAGAUGAUAUGGAAGCCAAUGGGAUGAGCCCAGAUUCAUAUACAUACACUUCACUUAUUCAUGGAGAAUGCAUUUUCGGAAACACAGACAAGGCGCUCGAACUAUUUAAUGAAAUGUCUCGGACAGGUUUAACUCAGAAUGUUGUUACUUACACAGCUAUAAUUUCGGGUUUGUCUAAGGAUGGGAGAAGAGAUGAAGCCUUUAGAUUGUAUGAUGAGAUGAAACAAGCAGACCUCACACCUGAUGACAGGGUAUAUACUACGCUUGUGAGCAGUCUUCACACAGCAGAGUCAUAGAUUUAAAAAAGGGAUCUUUUACUAAAGCUACCUUGGGUUAUCAAUCUUUCAAUGAUAACUAAGUAAAAGACUUAGUUUGUCAAUAUGAAGAUGCAUAUGUUUGAGGCGGUCAGUUCACCAUUUGCUUUGCCAUAAAGAAUUUUUGCAACACUACAAUUGAGCAAAAUAAGCUUAAACUGUUGAAAGACAAGAAUUUCCCCCCAUUUAUGUCAUUGUGUACUCAUCACUUUUAACAGCCUUAUGUAAAAACGAUGAAUUUCUUAGUAAUAAAAUAGUAAAAAAAAUGUUAGCUUGAUA